AUGUUGCAGGCUGGUUUACUAGAGCUUGAUGUUGAAGAGGCCAGCAGAGGCUCUAAUCCAGUGUCUCAACACUUUAUGUACCAGCGCACCGCUGCUUAUGUGAAAGACCAAACCAGCAGAAUAGGUGGAUCGCCUAGCAAAAUUAGUGACAUUGUUGCCCCCAUAGGCCCACACCUAAAUGAACCAUCACAACAUAGUAAAGGAGAGGAUGUUAAGCCUACACAGUCCUACUCACUUAAAGGCCUUGCUCAAACACAAGCUGCUGUUUCUACCCAAACUACGCCUCACCACACAUUAAAGGCUCCUCGACCUGGUACACCAGCACCGCCGUGGACUCUCAAUAAGCAGUCUCCAUUCUCUGCUUAUCAGCCUAACCAAGGUACGCCCUAUGAAGCCAGUUACCACAACCCUCAAACAACUAACGAUCUGGCUAAAUAUCUUGCCCGCAGUAACUUAGUGACAUCAGGCCUCACAACAUUCGACGAUCAACCAAUGAAUUAUUGGGCUUGGAAAACGUCCUUCCUAAGUGCUAUUGCUGGUCUGGAUCUGUCUGUUGGAGAAGAACUCGACCUGCUCUGCAAAUAUCUGGGAAAAGAGUCAUCAGAUCAGGUGAGGAGAAUCAAGGCCGUCAACAUCAGACACCCUGACGCUGGACUAAUGAUGGCCUGGGAGAGGCUUGAGGAAAUAUACGGCUCACCUGAGGUUAUUGAACAGGCUCUCUUUGACAAGCUGGAAAGCUUCACCAUACUGACCAACAAAGACCCAAAACGACUCAGAGAGUUAGCAGACCUGCUGUUAGAGCUUGAGGCUGCUAAGAGAGAUGGCUCCCUCCCAGGUCUGUCAUAUUUGGAUACUUCCAGAGGGGUUAAGCCCAUCAUCGAAAAACUCCCAUACAACAUCCAAGAAAAGUGGAUAUCUUAUGGUUCAAGAUACAAACGUGAUCAUCAUGUCAGUUUCCCACCUUUCUCUGUCUUUGCAGACUUUGUUCGUACAGAGGCAAAAGCUCGUAAUGAUCCCAGCUUCAACCUCUCCACGACAGUUCCUAUGGAGAAAAAGAGUACGUGGGAGAAAUUCACGAAGAUGCCUGUAUCUGUUCACAAGACACAAGUGUCGUCUGCUGACAGAUAUGAAAGCAGAGAGGAUAAGAAGCUAACAGACCCAAACAACCAUUGUCCUCUACAUAAGAAACCACACCCUCUGAAGAAAUGCAGAAGCUUUAGAGAAAAGAGUCUAGAGGAACGCAAACAGCUCUUAAAGGAACAUUCCUUCUGCUUCCGGUGCUGCUCCUCUACUGGUCAUCUCGCUAGAAACUGCACGGCUGAGGUGAGAUGUAUAGAAUGUGGGAGCACGGGUCACGUGUCAGCACUACACCCAGGACCAGCAGUCUGGAAACCUAAGCCCUCUCCUCCCUCUUCAGAGCACGGCGGGGAGGAAGACAAAGAAGACCAUCAGGUCACAUCAAGGUGCACACAAGUGUGUGGUGAAGGUGUUAGCGCACGAGCAUGCUCAAAAAUAUGCCUUGUAAGUGUGUAUCCAGCUGGUCGCUCGGAAGAGGCCAAGAAAAUGUAUGCAAUACUGGACGAGCAGAGUAAUCAUUCCUUGGCACGCUCUGAGUUCUUCAAUGUUUUCAAAAUCACAGGGCCUUCCUUCCCUUACACACUGAAAACAUGCGCUGGACUAACUCAGACAACAGGGAGAAGAGCUAGUGGGUUCACAGUGGAAUCAGCAGACAAAAAGUUAAGCUUUCCUUUGCCUACACUUUUAGAGUGCAACCAAGUUCCCAACAACCGCUCCGAAGUCCCUACGCCAAAUGCAGCUCAUCACCAUGCUCACCUGAAGUGCAUCGCCGACGAAAUACCACCUCUCGAUCCUAACGCUGACAUACUCUUCUUGCUGGGCAGAGACAUUCUCAGGGUCCACAAGGUUCGUGAGCAGAUAAGUGGUCCAGACAACGCACCGUUCGCCCAAAGGCUGGACCUGGGAUGGGUUGUCGUUGGUGACGUGUGUCUAGCAGGUGCUCACAAACCACUAGAGGUGAACAGUUACAAGACGUCUAUCUUGGAGAAUGGUCGUACUAGCCAUCUGCAGCCAUGCAACAACCAAAUCAAGAUAAGAGAAAUCUUCAAUCAAGCCCCUGACUACACACAUCAUCCAGCACUGACCUCUAAGUUCAGCACAGCAACACAUGAUGCAGACAGUCUGGGUCAAACCAUCUUCACGCGAACUGCCAACGACCACAAACUAGCACCAUCCGUAGAAGAUAUGAAGUUUCUUAAGAUCAUGGAAGCAGAGUUUCAUCAAGACAGCUCGAAGAGCUGGGUGGGACCACUACCUUUCCGGUUACCAAGACAGAGGCUGCCUAACAAUAGGAAACAAGCACAAGAUCGUCUUGCCUCAUUGAGACGCACGCUGGAAAAACGGCCACAGAUGAAAGCCCACUUUCUAGAGUUCACAGCAAAACAAAUACGGUCUGACUGCGGCACUAACUUCGUUGGCGCUUCUCGAGAGUUGCAAAUGAAGACUACAGAUCCCAGUGGCAACAACGUGGAGAAGUACCUGAGCACGCAGAACUGCACAUGGGUGUUCAACCCGCCACAUGCGUCCCACAUGGGUGGGGCAUGGGAACGGAUGAUUGGCAUCGCUCGUCGCAUUCUUGACUAUCUGCUGCUUGAACAGAAGAAGUCUUCUUUGACGCAUGAAGUUCUGCUUACGCUCAUGGCUGAGGUGACAGCAGUCAUCAAUGCUAGACCUCUCAUUCCAGUAUCUUCAGAUCCAGAGUCACCUCUCAUCCUCACCCCAGCAAUGCUCUUGACCCUCAAAACAGGCUCUACACCACCUCCUCCAGGUAACUUUGAAGAGGCAGACCUCUUUAAAGAGCAGUGGAAGCAAGUUCAGAGCCUGGCGGACACCUUUUGGAGUAGGUGGAGAAAAGAAUAUCUCAAGACUCGUCACAAGUGGCGGUCUAAGAGGUCAAACCUUCAAGAGGGGGACAUUGUUCUCCUGAAAGACAAUCAGGCUCAGAGAAACGAAUGGCCUAUGGCCACCAUCACAAAGACAUUCCCAGGAAGGGAUGGACUGGUUCGUAAGAUCGAGGUAGAGAUCUCCAAGGACAAGACCAAAAGGAUCUUUUCUCGUCCUGUUACAGAAGUGGUCCUGCUUCUGUCUCCAAAGACUGAUUCUUGUUGAUUGAUCUGGGGUUUAAAAACCCCAGGCGGGGAGUGUUCUGUCCUUGAUGUGUGUUUUUGGUGUAUAUCUGUCGUAUAUGUGUUUUCUUGGCUGUGUUUUGGCACCACCUUGUGGUGGUUGUUUGACACUGCUGCUUUCUAGUGGUUUAUUCGAUUCCUGUUGCUCCACGUGUAGCUUGGGUUGUUUCAUGAACGGACGUCUGGUCUCCAUGGGCUGUGCUUCGUAUUUCCCGCUGGUUCACGCAUCGUCUUUUCACCAAGUAAAGAGACUUCAGUAAAACUGACAACUGUGCUGGAGUUUUCUUUCAAACGGUUUAACUGGAUGGAUAGCUAGCUCAGUGCUAGUGAGACCCUUAC